UACAACUCUGUAUAAAUAACCUUCAUCGGUGUUCAAUCUCCUCAUAGUAAAGUCCUUCAGACAACAAUCUUCUGUAUUGUAUUCACGUCGCAUGCCUUCUAAAGUCUCUCAACAACAAUGUGGCAAUGCAUCUGAAUCUGUGAUGAAUGUAUUGAUUCAAGAACAUAACCGGCUUGAGCCUGUGAUAACUUUCAGCAAGAGUUCUAGCUACAUGAGCCACUCCAUCGAGUCGCUUAUACGUGGAUUUGGAGCAAAUCUAACAGUUUAUGAGGUCGACAAAAUUCCAAAUGGACAACAAAUUGAAAGGGCACUGGUGCAGCUGGGGUUUCGACAGGGAGUGCCUGUCGUGUUCAUAGGCCAACAGCUGGUUGGCAACGAAAGGAAGGAGAUGAGCCUCCACGUCCAGAAACAAACUAAUCUCAUUGCUUAUACAAGCAGUUGCAAUUUGGGUUUAGAAUAAGUAGUUUCUCACUGACUGCUGGACAUUUAGAUAA